GUGACAGUUGUGACAUCACGUGAUAUUGAUCAGCUGAUGACGAGCCCGCGUCUUUGCUCAUCAUUUAAGAUGGCGUCCACCACGGUGGCGGCCGCCACGAUACGAGCUGUGAAAGGCAGGAAAAUUCUUUCAACUCGUGCCGCGCUUACUCUGACACCCAAUGCUGUUAAGAAGAUUAAGGAGAUUUUGAAAGACAAGAGCGAAUAUAUUGGUCUUAAAGUUGGAGUACGGCAAAGGGGAUGCAAUGGAUUGAGCUAUACUUUGGACUAUGCAAAAGAGAAAUCCAAGCUUGAUGAAGAGGUGAUUCAGGACGGUGUUCGUAUAUUCAUCGAUCGGAAGGCGCAACUGUCCCUACUUGGAACAGAAAUGGAUUAUACCGAGAACAAGUUAAGCUCCGAAUUCAUAUUCAAUAAUCCAAAUAUUAAAGGGACAUGUGGAUGUGGAGAAAGUUUUUCAGUGUAGUUAAAAUUUACAUAAUGCAUAUUAUACUAUAGUAUAUGUGUAAUAUGUAAUUAAUCUUUAGUUAGUUAAAUUUAGGAUCUUUAAAGUAUCUUGUGAUAUUUGAUAGCAUAUUUCUGUCUUUUCUCACGGACAAAGGACUAAGUCUGAUGUAAAAUGAAUUAUGUAACAAUCGUCACGAUUUAAUUUGCCAUUCUGCGAGUUUUGUAUAUAUCUUACCAUACAUUAUUAUAUGUAUAUCUCAUUACAUUAUUAUAUAUUUCUUGUUUAUGACGUGUUUAUUAUAGGAUGAUUAAAGUGACUUGAUUUAUCCUUUA